AUGGUUGAACCAAGAACUAUAAUUCCCCUAUCAUCUCCCUUUUCUCCUUCCUCCGAUGACAACAACUCUAAUACCAUUAUUGGUUCCUCCUCUCACCAAAAAUCACAACCUUUGAAGAAGGCACGUGGUAGGCCCCUAGGCUCCAAGAACAAACUGAUACUACCCACUAUGAUUAACCAAGCCAACGGGAAUGGCCCAAAACCUAUUUACAUCAAUAUUCCGAACAACUCUGAUUUGAUUGAAACAGUGGUCCAAUUCGCUCGCCGCUAUCAAGUUAACUUCAGUGUCGUAAGUGCAUCAGGAACCAUUUCCUGUGCGACUCUUCACCAAACUCAUUCUCAAAUUCCUACUUUCAUUGCUCAUGGACCUUUCACUUUAGUUUCCCUCAGUGGUACUUAUAUAAACAACAACCCUUUGGUUGCUACUUCAUCUUUGUCAUCAUCCAAUCUCAACCUUCGUGGCCCUUUUUCUAUUUCUUUUACUUCAAGUUCAGAUCAAAGCUUUGCUGGAAUAGUUGCAGGGAAGGUUAUGACAGCUAACAAGGUUACUGUGGUCAUUUUACCUUUUCAACAACUUUAA